UUAUUAAAGAAACAUUUUUGGGCAUGAUUCCACGAAAGUACUUAUUAACCGCUAUUAAACGCUGACACAAAAUUUUAAAGCGCGCACAAAAUGAAAUCGUGAAAAAGUAGUCAAGAAACAUUUUCAAUGUUUUGAUUUAACAUCGGAUUCGUAAAAACAUCGACGAACAACGAUGUUUGAAGCCACGACCAUCGAUGUUGCUCGAUACAUCGAUGUUUUUUUACGACCCUAAUAUAAACGCAAAAGAAAUGAUAUAAAUAUGUCAAAAUUCAAUUAUGAGAACAUUCAUUUAAUUGUUGUGGAGAAAAGCUAGUCGUUAGAAAAUCGGUUUGUGCAAGAAAUAAGUAAUUGCAAUUAUUUCAUAUAAUUUCUACGCCAGAGGUUUUCAGUGUUAUAAAUUGAGUACGUGACGAUGACGAUAACUACGAAACUGUGAAAAGCGAAUUUGUGAAAAUGCGAACGAAAUCAACAAACGCAGUAGAUUGAAUAGAUUAUUAUGUACAUAUAAUCUCGCAGCUUAAAUUGCAGCAGUAUUUAUUAAAUUAUAACGCGCAAAGUGCGUAAUUUCAGUAUUUUAGGAGAAAAAGUAAACAACUCUAAAAUUAGUUGGUUGAAGAGGCAAAGACAAUCGACAAUUGAAAACAGCGGCCACAACUGUCGUUGAAGUGGAUUGUGUGCAGUUGAAUAAAAUAGUAAAAAACUUUUAAAGUAAGAAAACUAAUUUGGUUUUAUUAAAAAUGAAUCUCUCAUUUGCUGGAUGUGGUUUCUUGGGAAUAUAUCAUGUGGGUGUGGCAGUAUGUUUCAAAAAAUAUGCACCACAUCUGCUUGAGAAAAUUGGAGGCGCGUCAGCGGGUGCACUAUCUGCGUGCUGCUUACUUUGUGAUUUGCCGUUAGGCAGUAUGACAUCUGACUUUUUUCGUGUGGUUAAUGAGGCUCGCCGUCAUUCGCUCGGACCUUUCAGUCCCUCAUUUAAUAUACAAACUUGCUUGUUUGAAGGUUUACAAAAGCAUUUGCCAGAGGAUGCGCAUAAACGGGUCAAUGGGCGCUUACAUAUUUCGUUAACGCGAGUUCAUGAUGGUAAAAAUGUCAUCGUUUCCGAAUUCAAUUCGCGCGAUGAACUCUUGCAAGCUUUGCUGUGCGCCUGCUUCAUUCCAGGCUUCUCAGGCAUAUUCCCACCUCGGUUUCGUGGAGUGCGGUAUAUGGAUGGAGCUUUUUCAGACAACUUGCCAAUUCUGGAUGAGAACACAAUUACUGUAAGCCCCUUCUGUGGUGAGAGUGAUAUUUGUCCACGUGAUCAAAGUUCUCAACUCUUCCAUUUGAAUUGGGCUAAUACCAGCAUUGAAAUAUCUCGGCAGAAUGUUAAUCGUUUCGUCCGAAUUUUGUUUCCACCGCGGCCGGAAUUUCUUUCGAAAUUCUGUCAGCAAGGGUUCGACGAUGCAAUGCAGUUCCUUCAUCGUAAUAAUUUAAUAAAUUGUCGUCGUUGUGUAGCUGUGCAAUCGACAUUUGUAGUAUCAGAGACAGUGGCACAACCUCAGGACUUUGAUCCUGAAUGCAGAGAAUGCAAAAAGCAUAGAAAUGACGCUUUAAGCUCAAACAUGCCACAGACUGUAUUGGAUGUCAUUCAAGAUUAUAUCGAACAAGCUAAUAAAGGCUUGGCCAAUUGGAUAUUUAAGCACCGAGGAAUAAAACUGCUGUCCCUGCCAGCAACAGUACCUAUGGAUUUCUUCUUGGCCACAGUAUCGAAGAUUACUAAACUUACACCAAAACUGAGCAAACACGUUCGCGUGAGGAUAGAAAAUAUUUUAAGGCAAUUAAAUAACACAGUGCAGACCCGCAUUUUAAGCAAUUUUACGAUUUGCGAACCGCCUCAUUUCGAUACGACUGGCUUACUUCAUUCCAACCGUCUAUAUGGGCCAAGGGUAUCGAUAUUAGUUGAUGAGUGUGGUGCUCCUUCCAUUGAAGGUGAUGUGGACAACUAUGAGCAUGUUCUUAGAGUAACCACUCACAAUGAUGCACUUUACGCUUACUAUUAUACAGAUGACCUUACGAACAAAGUUAAAGUUACAGAAAUUUUCGAAAUUGAUUAUGACGAACAACUUGCAACCGAUCCGAAAUUAUACGAAGGCAAAGUUGAAGAUCACCCGAAUCCCCAUCAACAUCACCACAAUGUUGUUAGUGAAUGGAACGGCGUAGAAUCAGAUACGCAGUGGAUGAAACUUUUUAUAGCGUAUACGGAGUUCAGAGAAUUGCCGAAGGUAAUUGGUAAAAUUUUGCCUAUACCAGUAAGUAACGAGUUUUUUUUAUUUAAGUUGAUGACACACCAAUUUCGACGGCGAGCAACUGAAAAAUCUACAGGCAACAAAGUACAGAGCCGCGAAAAGGUUCUCAAGUCGCUCGCAGGCAGCACCCGGGGCAAGAUAUAUUGUUGGCAACGUACAAAGUAAUAGGCCGGCCGGUUAGUUAGAGGCAGGAAAUGAAGCUACAAGCUUGCCAAAAACGCAGAUCUCCGAACAGGGUAUCUUCUCAAAUCGCCUACGUAACCUGCAAAACGAAGCCCAAAAUGCUCCCAGUAAGAGAGCUCAACAUAAUGCUCAGCAAGCAGUUCUUAGUAGAGUGAUACAGACGAGCAACCGCACAGGCCUUGCCGUAGGGCCUGAGUUCAAACCCUGGUCCGGGCAACAUCUAAAUUAGAAAAUGCUUUUUCUAACAUCGGUCGCCCCUCAGGAGCCAAUGGCAAACAUCCGAAUGUAUUUCCGCCAUAAAAAAGCUUCUCAUAAAAAUUCAUUGGCCGUUCGGAGGCGGCAUGACGACUUAAAAAUAAAGUACGAUUUAUUUAUUUUCUAACAUUCUGCAAGUUGCUUUCAAUGCAACAAAUGACUUUUAAUAGAAGACUGUAACAAAAAUAUAAACUAU